AUGGCCUCACCUUCUUCGGGAGCCAAUACAAGGCCUGCAAAAUUUUCGCACCAGAUCCCAUUCCUACCCUUGGGCUUCCACUGCGGCAACGAUUUUGUGCUAAAUGUCACCGAGCCGAUCCUCAUAUGGGGCGGCGCUAGUGCCGUCAGCGUUGCAGCCAUUCAGCUCGCAAAAGUGGCUGGCUUGAAGCCUAUAAUCGUUACUGCGUCGCCGCAAAAUUAUGAACAGCUGCGCAAGUAUGGCGCCGACCACUGCAUCAACUACUCUGACGACAGCAUUGUUGAGCGUAUCAGGGCCAUCCUUGAGACCCACGGAAAGACGCUGCGCUAUAUAUUCGACACGGUUGGCAUCCAAAGGGAAGGUUACUCAUCGCCAGCGCUUUGCGAGGAGUGCAUUCCCUCAUCUAAAUCGAAUGGCACCCGCUUUGUGUGCUGCGUCCCUGUCGUCGGGAACCCGCGAUGGUACAUGGCGCUGGCAUGCAGAAACAUUCCGUUCCCAAACCCAGGGCCUAAUGGCAACACGGUUGUGUACGAGGCGCGCCCUGUCUGGGAGAGGCGGCUGAUGCACACUGUCCUCUGGGCUGCUAGAGAGUACGAGAAGGCAUUCUUCAUGCCGCCUCUCGAGGUCGUCAACGGAGCAGAGGCUGGCCUGCAGGCCAUUAAACAGAGUGCCGCCGGAAAGAUAUCUUUCAAAAGAUUGUAA